AACAUCCGUGGGCACACUGGUCACGAUAACAAGACGAGCAUAAAAAAUGUUUUGUGUGUGUGUGUGUUAUAAACAUUAAGUUUAUAAAACAAAAAAUAUAAAUACCCGGCAAUAAUGCAAAAAAAUGCAAUAGAAAUGUCCGCGUAUGUUAGUGUGUGUGUGUAAAUGUCGCGGAUAUGUUGUCGCUGGGAGACCGCGAGAAGUGCCGUCGCCGUCGUCGCGCCCUCGUUCCCCCGUCGUCGUCCCAUGCUCCAGUCACAGUCACAGUCCCAGCCCUUGCCCACUGCUGCUGCCCGCCGGCGUCUACACCCCACCGCUGCCCUGCUGCUGCCCCACACCGAGGCUUCUGGUCCGCGCCAGGAAAUGAAUAAUCAUAUAAAGAUUAUUAUAAUAUAACCUUUGCAUUGGAAACAACAACAAACAUACACACACAUGUAGUACAGGGAGAUGAUCAAGAUCUGUUUGUAGGCAAAAGUGUUAUCAGCAGGGGGCGGCAGGCAGCCAGCCAGGCAACAAAAAAACACUAAGCAAAAGAGCAGCAAAAAAGAGAAAUAGUAGUAGAAACGGUAAAAAUGCGUGUGGCUUAAGAGAGACUUGUUAUUGUUGUUGUUGCUGCACUUGAACCGUAAGACACCUCCACACGCUCUCUCUGUCACUCUCUCUCCCACUCAUUGGUGCACACAAGGAACAACGGUAGAGCAUUCCCCUUCACAAAAAAUAAUCAAAUCUAAAGUAAAAACGAGACUAGCGGUUAACCAAAUAUAAAAAGGGGGAGAAUGCAGGCCAAAAAGCGUUAUAUUCUCGUGUUCGUCAGCUGCGCCUUCCUGGCCUACGCCUACUUCGGUGGCUAUCGGCUGAAAGUGUCGCCGCUGCGGCCCCGUCGUGCCCAGCACGAAUCGGCCAAGGAUGGGGGUGUGCAACCGCCCUACGAGCAGCUGCCCAGCUUCCUUGACCGAGCGGAUCCUCUGGGGCCACUGGGCAAUCUCAACGGAUCUGCUGGGGCACUGGGCGCCCUGGGACACAACGACUCGCGGCGCAGUCGAGGAUCGGAGUGCCGGAUGGAGACCUGCUUCGACUUUACCCGCUGCUACGAACAGUUCCUGGUGUACGUCUACCCGCCGGAGCCGUUGAAUUCGCUGGGCGCCGCCCCGCCCACAUCGGCCAACUACCAGAAGAUACUCACUGCCAUACAGGAGUCGCGCUACCACACCAGCGAUCCCUCGGCCGCCUGCCUCUUUGUGCUGGGCAUGGACACCCUGGACAGGGACUCCCUCUCCGAGGACUAUGUGCGCAAUGUCCCGUCCCGGUUGGCCCGCCUGCCGCACUGGAACAACGGCCGGAAUCACAUCAUCUUCAAUCUGUAUUCGGGCACCUGGCCGGACUAUGCGGAAAAUUCGCUCGGUUUCGAUGCGGGCCACGCCAUUCUGGCCAAGGCCAGCAUGAGCGUGCUCCAGGUGCGACACGGCUUCGAUGUCAGCAUUCCGCUCUUCCACAAGCAGUUCCCCCUAAGGGCCGGCGCCACCGGCUCAGUGCAGUCCAACAAUUUUCCGGCCAACAAGAAGUACCUGUUGGCCUUCAAGGGCAAGCGCUAUGUGCAUGGCAUUGGCUCGGAGACCCGCAACUCGCUGUUCCAUUUGCACAACGGACGAGACAUGGUCCUGGUCACCACCUGUCGCCACGGCAAGAGCUGGCGAGAGCUGCAGGACAAUCGCUGUGACGAGGACAAUCGCGAGUAUGACAGAUACGACUACGAGACUCUGCUGCAAAAUUCGACGUUCUGCCUGGUGCCGCGCGGCCGUCGUUUGGGCUCCUUUCGAUUUCUGGAGGCCCUGCAGGCGGGCUGCAUCCCCGUGCUAUUGUCCAAUGCCUGGGUGUUGCCUUUUGAAUCGAAAAUCGAUUGGAAACAGGCCGCCAUUUGGGCCGAUGAGCGGCUCCUGCUGCAGGUACCCGAUAUCGUGCGCUCCAUAUCAGCGGAAAGGAUCUUUGCCCUGCGCCAGCAAACCCAAGUCCUGUGGGAACGCUACUUUGGUUCCAUCGAGAAAAUCGUCUUCACAACCUUCGAGAUCAUUCGCGAACGCCUGCCGGACUACCCGGUGCGCAGCAGCCUGGUGUGGAACAGCUCACCCGGCGCCCUGCUCACGCUGCCCACCUUCGCCGACAGUUCCAGAUUCAUGCCUUUCAUGCUCAAUUCGAUGGGAGCGGAGCCGCGGCACAACUACACGGCCGUCAUUUAUGUGCAAAUUGGAGCCGCCAUGGGUCCCAAUGCGGCGCUCUACAAGCUGGUCAAGACCAUCACCAAGAGCCAGUUUGUGGAUCGUAUCCUUGUACUGUGGGCGGCCGAGCGACCGUUGCCGUUGAAGAAACGUUGGCCCCCCACCUACCACAUACCCCUGCAUGUGGUGGCCCUGGGGGGCAACACUCGUAUCGGGGCUGGGGCCGGGGCCGGGCCGACGGGCCAAACGACUGAGGAACGACCGAGCAUAUCACAACGCUUUGUGCCCUACGAUGAGAUACAGACGGACGCUGUGCUGUCGCUGGACGAGGACGCCAUACUCAAUACGGAUGAACUGGACUUUGCCUACACCGUGUGGCGGGACUUUCCCGAGCGCAUUGUGGGCUAUCCGGCCAGGGCACACUUCUGGGAUGACUCCAAGAACGCUUGGGGCUACACGUCCAAGUGGACGAACUACUACUCGAUUGUGCUGACGGGGGCGGCCUUCUACCACCGCUACUACAACUACUUGUACACGAACUGGCUGUCGUUGCUGCUACUAAAGACUGUACAGCAGUCCUCCAACUGCGAGGAUAUCCUAAUGAACCUGCUGGUCUCGCAUGUGACCAGAAAACCGCCGAUUAAAGUGACGCAGCGCAAGGGCUACAAGGAUCGGGAGACGGGCCGCUCCCCCUGGAACGAUCCGGAUCAUUUCAUACAGCGCCAGAGCUGUCUGAAUACCUUUGCAGCGGUCUUUGGCUAUAUGCCGCUGAUACGUUCCAAUUUGCGUAUGGAUCCCAUGCUGUACCGUGAUCCAGUUUCCAAUUUGCGCAAAAAAUAUCGUCAGAUUGAGUUGGUUGGCAGCUAGCGUUAUGUGAAUUCUGGCAAUAGCUACAAGCGUUAAUAGUACUGAAUACACCACACCACACACACACACACACACACACACAACAGACACACACACAUACACACACUCAUAGCCAUUUAGAAGAAAUUAAUGCUGUAUGCAAAAAACUAUGUUAAUUAUUAUUAAUAGCGAAACGAGAGACGAGACGAGACGAGAACCGAGACGAGAAGUUAGUUAGGAUCCUCAGCGGCAGCAGUAUGUAUUGUGUGUGUAAGCAUUCGACGCUGCGGUUAUGCAUGUGUAUGUGUAACAGCAGUGUGUGUAUAUAUAAUAGGACUCUGAAUACGAUACGAUUAGCCAUGUAUGUAGUUGUAAAACUGCCAGCGGCAGGAGCAGCAGCAGUCGAUUUUUGCCAUCGUUUUAUGCUAAUUUCAAAUUAGCCAAACUGCUAGACAAGAACUUUUUCUAUAUGUGUAUUAUGUGUAUAACUCUCUAUCUAUAUCAAUAUGUGUAUCUGUAUGUGUAUCUGUAUCUGUAUCUGUAUAAUCUGUAUAAUCUGUGUGUAUAGUUGCGUAUGUUUUUGUACCGUGCGCGUUGAGUUUUCUAUGUAUUUGUAAAUGUUUGUCGCCUGUCGCAUUGUUGCCACUCUCUGUGUAUGUGUAGCUAUAGCUAUAGUGUUGUAAGCCCAUGUAAAUGUGUGCGUGAACGCCUCUCAGUUUCAGUUGCAGACUCGAGGCUCCAUCCAAUUCCUUAACGUAUAGUAACCAAUGUAAAUUCAACGUCAAAUAGCAAUAGCAAACAAAAAAGAGCUCCAUUCGAGCAGCCAUUCUUCAGUCAAGUGUGCACAAAAGCCAGAGGAGUAGCUUUAGUACUAUGUUUAGCAAUAUUAAGUUUAAGGUUAACUUUAGUAGCUUUCUCAUUUCCACUUUGUUAUGUGCAAUUUGUAUUUGGACAACUCAGCUUUUAGUUCGUAAUCAGCAGCGUGGCCAUCAGUAGCAGCCAUCAAGCUGCAAUCAACUUUUUAAAAACCACUCGCAUAUCAGAUGAAAUGAGACGAGAAGAGAGAUUUUUUUUGUUAGACUAAGCCAAUCUAUACGUGCAUAUACUAUAUCAAAAGUAUAUAUAUCUAUAUACAUAUUUUUUACCACAAAUAUACACAACAAUUGCCGAUGAA